AUGCUGCCCAUCACCGAUUGGUCGUCCGAGGCCGUGCGGCCCGCCCUCAUCCUCAUCCUGAAGCGGCUUGACCGCAUGUUCAACAAGAUCCACAAGAUGCCUACGCUCAGUGGAGUGAAGUACCGUACCGUAUCUGUCUUGACUCCCAGCGUCAGCCAUCAUCUCCUUCCUCCCUCACCUCCGCUCCCUCAUCAACGUCUGUGUCAACCUGGUGAUGGGGUAGUAGGCCCCUCCAGUGUGGCUGAUGGGCUGCCCCUGCUCCACCUGAGCCCGUAUCUGUCCCCCCCUCUACCCUUCAGCACAGCAGUGGUCCGCCUGGUGGCUCUGCAGAUACAGGCUUUGAAGGAUGACUUCCCCCUGAGCCAUGUGAUCUCCCCCUUCACCAAUCAGGAGAGGCGAGAGGGCAUGCUGCUCAACCUGCUGAUUCCAUUCGUGCUGACAGUGGGUUCAGGGAGCAAAGACUCCCCACACCUGGAGCAGCCUGAGGUCUCUCUGCUCCUGCAGACGGUCAUCAACAUCCUCCUCCCCCCGCGCAUCAUCAGCACGUCCCGGACCAAGAACUUCAUGCUGGACACKUCCCCCGCCCACUGCUCCACKCCGGGGGACCAGGGCAAGGACCUGAGGAGAGAGGGCCUGGCCGAYUCCACCAGUCAGGCUGCAUACCUGG